AUGUUCAAAUUCACCGUUUUUCUUUUAAUUCAUUUUGUAUCUGCGGAAAAGUUUCUACUAUCUGAACGAGGAUUCAAUCCACAUUUAGAAACGUGUGGACCAUUUGGAAAGUUUCAAGUCAGCGCAUGUGGAUGGGUAAGUUGUUUUUUUUUCAUUGUUUUGAAAAUAGUAAGCUAUCUAUAAUUUUAUAGUACACCCUGCAAGAAACAUGGACGAGUUUCAAAACACUUUUCACUACAUUAGAUUAUUCUAACACUACAGCUGAAGAAUUGACAUCAACUUGUGAUCAAAAAUAUGUAAGAUCUUUUUACAAAAUAUUUUUUUGAAAUUAAUUUUCAAUAACAGGCUUGUCUUCAAAAUACUGGAUGUUAUGCUGAAAGAAUCAAUAUCCGUCUAUUGGAUCGCUGCUCAUAUGCAGCCUUCGUGCUAGGACCUUUUUCUCCUUGCGAGGAUAAGGUAUGAUAAUAGUCUGAAUUUAUCUGAACUUUUUUGAUUUUUUAGCUUCGAGAAAUGAUGAAAAACAAUACAGAAACACAGAAAAUGUCGUUUUGCGUAAAAGAAUAUUUGAGUUCGGUGAGUUUUCAUGGAAUAUUUUUUGGAUCAAUAAAAAGUUUCAGACUGACCCUGAACCAAGCGAUUGUAAUGAACUUACAAAGAGAAUCGAAUGCUUUGCUCCUGAUGUUCAAAAGUUCUGUUCACCUCAUGUAUACGAAUUGCACCAAAAGAUUCAACAAAAAAGAUUAGGAUAUAAAGAAUGUGUGAACGAAGAGAAAACAGAGUAA